GCAGCAGCUGGUGGAGGCGGCCGGAGGCCGGGAGCCGCCGUCGCUGUAGCCGGGCCCCGCGCUCCGCCCCGGCCCGGAGCCGGCAGCCCCGCGCCCCAGCCAUGGCCCUGGUCACCCUGCAGCGCUCGCCGACCCCCAGCGCCGCCUCCUCGGCCAGCGCCAGCGAGCUGGAGGUUGGCAGUGAUGAAGAUCGCAAAUUAAACCUGAGCUUAAGUGAGAGCUUUUUCAUGGUGAAAGGAGCAGCGCUUUUCUUACAACAGGGAAACAGUCCACAAGGCCAGCGGAGUCUGCAGCAUCCUCACAAGAAUGCAGCAGGUGACUUGCCUCAGCACCUUCAAGUGAUGAUCAACCUUCUGCGCUGUGAGGACAGAAUCAAAUUGGCUGUGCGCUUGGAAAGCACGUGGACAGAUCGAGUCAGAUACAUGGUGGUCGUGUAUAGCAGUGGGCGGCAAGACACAGAAGAAAACAUUUUACUGGGAGUGGACUUUUCCAGCAAAGAAAGUAAAAGCUGCACUAUCGGGAUGGUCCUGCGCCUGUGGAGUGAUACCAAGAUACAUCUUGAUGGAGAUGGUGGAUUUAGUGUGAGCACUGCAGGGAAGAUGCAUAUCUUCAAACCAGUUUCUGUGCAAGCUAUGUGGUCUGCCCUGCAGAUCCUCCACAAAGCUUGCGAGGUCGCACGGAGGUACAAUUACUUCCCAGGUGGAAUGGCUCUGGUCUGGGCCACAUACUAUGAAAGCUGCAUCAGUUCGGACCAGAGUUGCAUCAAUGAGUGGAACACGAUGCAGGACCUGGAGUCGACACGCCCCGAUUCCCCAGUGUUGUUUGUUGACAAGCCAACUGAGGGGGAAAAAACAGAGCGGUUUAUUAAAGCCAAACUCCGAAGUAUCAUGAUGAGCAAAGACCUGGAAAACGUGACCUCCAAGGAAAUACGAAAUGAGCUGGAGAAGCAGAUGAACUGCAACUUGAAAGAAUUCAAGGAAUUUAUAGACAAUGAAAUGCUGCUUAUCCUGGGGCAGAUGGACAAACCAUCUCUGAUUUUUGAUCACCUGUAUCUGGGGUCUGAGUGGAAUGCCUCCAACCUGGAAGAGCUUCAAGGCUCGGGCGUCUACUACAUUUUAAAUGUCACCAGGGAGAUCGAUAAUUUUUUUCCUGGUCUAUUUGCGUAUCAUAAUAUCCGGGUGUACGACGAGGAGACGACAGACCUCCUGGCUCACUGGAACGAGGCAUAUCAUUUCAUAAAUAAAGCCAAGAAAAAUCACUCUAAGUGUCUGGUACACUGCAAAAUGGGUGUUAGCCGGUCUGCCUCUACGGUUAUAGCUUAUGCAAUGAAGGAAUUUGGCUGGUCCUUGGAAAAAGCCUAUAAUUACGUGAAGCAAAAACGCAGCAUUGCAAGACCAAAUGCAGGCUUCAUGAAACAGCUGCUGGAAUAUGAAGGGAUUUUAGAUGCAAGCAAACAGCGUCAUAACAAGCUGUGGAAGCAGCAAGCAGAGAGCAACCUACGCCAGAAUGCAGAUGAUUCUAUGGGGCCCAGUGACUUCCUGCUCGAUAGCUUAGACAUCGAUCUAGAAAACCGUCUAUCUGACCUGGACGCGCCUUCACAGUCCACGUACUUGGACAACAGAGCCAAUAUGGAGGCCGGGGGGUUUCACUACUGCUUCCGGCGCCUGUCCGACUCAUUGCUGGAGAACAAGCUGCCUGGUGACAGGGAAAUAUUUUUCCAGGUGGAGGAUCUGGAGCGAGACGUGCUUUCGGAGCAGGCCAAUUUGCUGGUGGCUCAGCCUCCCCCAGUCCCUCCUGAGGCUGCGGCAGAUACAAUGAAGGCCAAGGAGAAAGUAGAACCACUGGCAGAGCUGAGAAGUUUCUGUGAGAAGGAAGUGAAGAAGUUGGAGUCCAGCAUGCCAAAGGGGAGGAGUGUGCCCAGUCAGGCGGAUCCGGGAAAGGAAGGCAUCAGGGAGGAAAAUCCCGUGGAGAGGUGGAAACGGCGCUUGUCUGUGCACAAGGAGGAGAACUUACUGAACAGAGAGAACUUGAAUAACAACAACAGCAAGAGGAGCUGCCCAGAGGAGUUCGAGCGCGAUGCCAUAUUUGGAAUCCUCAGUAAAGUCAAGCCUUCCUACCAGUCAUGCACUGACUGCAUGUAUUCCUCAGCCAGUGCAUCUGCUGAAGCCUCUGGGGAGCAGUGUGAGACGCUGAAUCCAGCUGCCGCAUGCUGCAGUUCUACAAUCUGUACUCAGCCUUCGCUCCUCUCCCAUGUGACUUCUAACUUGUCGGACCAAAUGCCUAGCAAGUCGCAGGCUGAGGAAAUAAUCAGGGCUAAAAAUGAUGUUUUGCCUCCAUUGCUGCAGGGAACUAGUGUUUUGGAAGGUGGCACCUGCAAAUCUGUGGUGGAUCAGCAUUGCAAUAUUUCUGAAAAGCCAAAAGAUGCACCAAAAACACCUGUCAAAGCACUGCUUGCCAGGAGAAAUUCCCACUGUGAGAAGAGCCCUCUGAAUACAGAAGUGAUGAAGGAAGAGUCUCCAUCCAGAAAAGAUGUCAAACCCACGAAGGACCUGAAGUACUUGCUGUUUAGCAAAGAUUUGGAAAAGCCCACCACAAACAGUUAUUUGAUGCAGCAUCAAGAAUCUCUUAUUCAGCUUCAAAAAGCUGGCUUAGUUAGGAAACAUACCAAAGAACUGGAGCGUCUGAAGAGUGUGCCAUCAGAAUCCUCAUCGCUGGUAAGAGAGAGCUCCAUGAGCAGAAUCGAUGCUAGUAUACCAGAGGAAAACCAAGAUUUGGCUUUGCACCAAAGCCCAGUAUCUCUUCUGGGUCCAGCACCUUUAAUAUCUGAAGACACAGAGAAUGAUGUGGAGAAGUUAGAGGCCAAAAACCCCUUACAGGGACUGUCUCAGAAAACCUCCACGCCUGUCCUAUGCAGGCUGGAACACAUGAGCAGUUACACAAGGGACUUUCUGAAGACCAUAUGUUAUACACCGUCAUCUUCCAGGAGUUCCAACUUGACACGCAGUUCUAGUAGCGACAGCAUACACAGUGUGCAUGGGAAACCAGGCCUGGUGAAACAACGAACUCAGGAAAUCGAAACCAGGCUACGACUUGCUGGUUUGACUGUUUCUUCCCCUCUGAAGAGAUCCAAUUCUCUUGCCAAGCUAGGGUGUCUUAACUUGUCCUCUGAGGACUUAUCAAGUGACAUGGAUGUGUCAACGCUAAUGAACUCAAAAGAGGCCAAAUCGAGUGAGUCUUCCAUGCUUUGCGAGUCACAAUCCUCUCUGAGGAGCGUGGACGUAAGCUCCAAACUGCUAGCAAAUUCAGCCACAGAAAACUUGAAGAGCACACUUCGGAAGGGCAAAAGUUGACACGUUCUGGUGCAUGUUUUCUUUUUUUUUAAUCAGCAUUUAUUGCCUGAACCCAAUAGUUCAUCUGAUACAACAUCUUUACCCCCUUCCUUGUGCAGUAAGUGGGGAGAAAGAGGGACAUAACUGAACUGGGUGAAUGGCACAAUGGGAAAAAACAUUGCAUGGCUUGGAAGAGGACAUGGUGUGUGAACUGCCUACUGUUCCUAUAGGACAAUAUUCCCAGUACUGUUUGCUAAGCAUAAUAAUGUUAAAAUACAUAUAAUGUAAAAAAAUGCUGAAAAUAUUGUUUCAAAGUCUCAACAAAAGUCAUGGCAUUUUUUAAUUUUUUUAUUUUGCAAAACAAACAUAGCACAAGUCUCUAGUUUGAACAUCCACUUGUGGAAAAACCUGUAGAUGGCAACAUAAACUCUACCUCUGUA